ACACAGCAAGAAUGUCUUUGGCUCACAUCAAAACUGACAAUGAAAGAUUUGUUAUGGUCUGUUACUCUGUUGUUAAGGUUUAGUGUAAUAGUGUUUGGGGUGUUGUAGGCCUUCGUAUUUCGAGACUGAAAUACAUGUAUUAAUUAAGUUGGGUUCAAAUUUUUCAUCUGUGUUUGGAUUAGCGCUAGUAUGAAUUACCAGCACAUUAUUAACCAGUGUGAUGACAAUGGUGUAGAAGACAGCCUGUGGGAUUAUCUACCAGUUGAGCCUGUUGUGAAGGUGGAGGCAUUGGAUGAUGAUGAUGAUACUAGUGACGAUGAAAUAGUGCCAAGUGCUAUAGUGGAGCCCAUCCUGCUGAAACCUGAUUCAGCUGAGGAUGAAGAAAUUGUACUGGACUUGAAACCAGAGCCUUAUUUGGACAAUCAUACAGGAAGGAUGCAUAUGGAGCCAUACAGCAGCCAUGAUCAAUCUUGGUCAUCUGACAUGGCGAGAAGAACAAUUCAAGAACUAAAUUUGCGUGCAGCAGACUCAAAAUUGGCAGCUGUUCAGGCACGUAGGCGAGCCCAACGGCUCCUGGGCCCAGCUGGUAUCCAUAAGAUACGCAGUUACAUGGUGGCAUUUCAGCAUCAGCGAUAUACAGCAAAAUAUGGGUUUUAUUCAGCGAAGUAUGGGCUUCGCCAAAUGUGAGCAUUUUGUAGUGCUCUAUGGCAAGGGAUAUAUUCUGCACAGGGGAAAACAAUUCACACUUGAUAUUUAUCCUUUGCUCCAAAGAUAAGAUGCGGAGAGUCUGAAAAUCAAUUUAGGACUGAUAGUAAAAUGAAAAAAAGCUGACAUGAACUUGACACUUUCACCAUUAGAAGAUUUUUCCGUAGGAGUGAAGCGAAAAAGGAGUGAAACUUUAAAAAGAUGGAAUAUAGAGAGUACUACAUCAGUCAUUCUUAACCUUUGUCAGAGGUACUGAAAAAAAAAAGGAAAAACUGUUGGGAGAGAAGAACUGACAAUAAAAUGUGAGAGGCAAAAUAGGAGCUUUGAAGUUGUGGAAGUGGUGGAAAAAGCAUUUGCAAGUGAAUAAAAUUAACAAAAGUUGCUAGGCAAGAAGUCACAAACAGACGAAGUGUGUGUAAAUGGAGGCAGUUAAGAAUUAACAUGGCAAAUAUGUAUUUUAUGUCCAGCCCUGGAAUCAGAAAGGGAUGAAAACAGAAGGUAGGAAGAGGAGAAGGGUUAGUAUACAUUAAGGUUUGGCCUGAGUACCAUAACCACACCAUAUGAGUAUAUAAUGUAGGCAUCUUGUACCCAGUCACUUUUAUAUAUUAAAAAAAGUAGCCUGACUAGUAAGCAGACUAUAGUUCAUCUUCUAAAUUUUCUGUGAUGUGUUAGUGUAAUUUGGAAAAGUCCAUUUGCUUCGAAGAAUACAUCACAGUGAAGAUGCUAAUUUGUAACACAGCUGUGAAUGAAUUCCAAGAUUGGUUCUACUGUUUGUGCUCGUGGCAAACUGACAUAAACAGUAUUCAGUACCAUUCAUGAAAUGGUAAUCACCAUUGCAAGGUUAACAUUAUUUUUUGUUUAAAAUUUACUUUUGACAACAUGUCUGAUUGCUAACUCCUUUUUCCAUGAUAACCUGCAGUAGUUGAUGUGGAUAUAAUAUAUAUCGACCAGUGGUAUUGUGCCUCGUAUCUACUUCAUUCAAAUCUUGUUUUGAUUACUGGUCGCACCAGGUAUGUUGUGCUUCCCAUGAACUAUCCUUCAAGUUGUGUAAUUAAAGGUUGAAGAAAUAGACAUUUAAAACUGCUUCUUCAAAUUACUGUUGCACCUGAUUUAAUUUACACUGAUGAGCCAUAACAUUAUGAUACCCUGUUUAAUAGCAUGUUAGUCCACUUUCCAAAUACAGCACAGCAGUGAAUUUGCUUGGCAUGGAUUCUACAAGUCCUUGAUAGCUUUCUAAAAGUAUGUAGCUUUCGAGAAGUACGUCACACCAGAUGUCCACUGACAGAUCACUAAAUUCCCACAAAUUAUGAGGUGGUGGUUUGUGGGUACAAAAUCGGCACCCAAUAUGUGUUCCAGUGGGUACGGAUCGGGCAUUUUCUGAUGAAGAUAUCAGUGUGAUUUCACUAUGAUGCUCCUCAAAUAGCUGCUGCAUGAUUCUGGCCUUGUGUCGUGGAAAGUUAUCUGCUGGAAGAUGUCAUUGCCAUCAGAGAAGACUUCAACCAUGAUGAGACGCGGGUGGUCAGCAGUCAUGUUCACAUGGUUCACUGCUGUCAUGGUGUGUUUGGGUACUACCAUACGUCCCAUAGGAGCCCAACUCUAUACACCCUAUAGCACAAUUCUGCCCUCACCGGCUUGAACCUGUGGCGCAGUGCACAUUUCAAGCAGCCAUCCACCUGGACUAUGGGGUGUAAGGACUCAACCAUCGACCUGGUGUAACGGGAAAUGUGGUUCAUUCCACGGGCAAUACAUUUCUAUUGAUCUACAGUGAAAACUCAGUGAUGCUGUGCCCACUGCAGUUGUAACUCACAAUGUUAUUAGGUCAGCACAAGAACAUGGGGUUGUGUGAUAGAGCUCCACAUUCAGCAGUGGCCUUUGAAUGGUCUGCUCCCAAACACUUGUGCCUGCUUCAGCAUUCUCCUCUGUCAUCAGAUCAGCCACAUAGUGCUGCCUGUCUGGAUUACAUACUGGGGGAUCCUCCAACCUCUACAUUUUGUGAUGAGAUGCGGCCUUCCAGUAGCAUACAGCUUAUGCGUUAUUCCACCAUCCUUCAACCACUUUCCAUAGGUGCUCAUGACAGUGGCACGCGAACAGGUGACCAGAUUUGGCGUUUCAAAGAUUCUCGUUUCCAGCCACAGUACCACAACAAUGUGCCAUUUGUCAAAACCACUUGCAUCAGUGGAUUUUCGCAUUUGCAGCCUGGUAUCUUCGCUAUAAUGACUGCCCAUUCAUCUCCCAUCCACUUACAUUCUUUCCUUACUGCAUCCUGUGCCUGCAACACCACCAGGAGUCAUUCAAACAUGUGAGGGCAGUUGUCAUAUUGUUUUGAUUCAUUAAUGUAUUAUCAGUAGUGACGUACAGUAGUUUGAACAACUUCAGUUAUACUUCUUGAGAAUUAGGAGGCACAACAUAAUUGACUGUUACAUGCUUGAGCUCUAGUAGCAAAGCAUAAAUCUUCCAAAGUUUUUCUUACACAGAUUUGUAUGCAGUUAAUGAUAAUGGUAAUAGAUCACUCUUGCAGUGCCAUUUUUUCUCAUUGUUUUUGGAGAGAACAUAAUUUUAAAUUAAAUUGUUGAACUGUUUAAAACUUUCAGUAAAAUUUCCUUCUGUUAAGGAUCUCAUGCUACAAUAAUAUAUGAAGUAUAUAAUUAAAACAUACUUCAAGAGAGAGAAAAAUUUGAAUGAGGAUUUUUAAAGAAAAAGUGAUACAUAUUUGACUACAGUUCUGUUGAGACAUUCAGAAUGUCUAUUCUUAAAAUCUUUAUUGUGUUUAAAAACUGUGUACUAAGUUUAGUGAUACAGCAAGAGAGUGUUACUGUUUGCUUCAUAAUUUGGAAGAUAUUGGCAGUGAAAGUAACUUGUGCAAAAAGUCCUCAACUCAUGCCACAUUUUGUGUCAUUAAACAGAUAUACAGAAAAUAAGAUAAAAUAAGUUGAGCAGUCAAAUGAAAACCAAACACCCGCCAUGAGAUUGUUUGUGCUGCAGGUGGCCCUACUGUUGAUUGUUUUGACAUUGUCAUUGCUAUGAUUGGGGCACAGCAUUGUACUACAUCAUUGGUUCAUGCAGUUGGUGAGUUACGAUCUUGGUUGUUGGUGGACUGAGCAAUUGUGUUCAUCCAGUUAUUGACAUGGAGAUGAGCCAAGAAGAGCAGACACACAUGGUCAGUUUUCAGGUGGCUGAGGGUGCUGGAGUAUGUGAAAUUCAUCGUCACAUGUCUACUGUGUGUGGUGAACAAUGCAUAUCCCUGCCGUGUUCACGAGUGAUGUAGGAGGUUCCAGGAAUGGUGCACAUCGCAAGAUGAUCGGCAGGCCCUCUGAGCCAUUAUGCCUGAUGUGUUGGAGUAGAUUGAUGGCCUUAUCCAGGGAGACACACGAAUCCCGGAUGAAAUUCAUAUUCUCAUUGUCAUUAGCCAUCGCUCCUUGUAUGCUAUUUCCAAAGACCACUUGCAGUACUGCAAAAUUUGUGCACAGUAGAUGCUACAUCACCUGACAGAGGGACAAAAGAUCGACAGAAUAGCAUCAAGUCUGAGUCAUCUGCUAAGGUGCCAUGAGGUGAGGCGUGUGUUCCUGUCCCGUAUCAUCACAGGAGAUGAAGCAUGGUGCCACCAUUACGAGCCCCAAGGCAAGUGGCAAAGCCAACAGCAGAAACAUCCAACAUAUCCCCCGCCCUCAGAAUUCCAAAGAUGUACACACAAGUUCAGUUAAGGUCAUGAUGAUCUCCUCCUUUGAUAGCAGGGGCCCUCAGCUCAUCGAGUGGAACCACAAUCGGUGUGCAGCCCUGUCAAGACACUUUGCAGAAACUGUGACACACCGUAAGUCAAAAUGCAGAAAAAUGCUGUUAGACGGAAUCGUCCUGUUUCACAAUAAUGCACUGCCAUUCAGAUGAAGGCUACACUUAAGUGAUUUGGUUGUGAAACACUGCAAUAUCUUCCAUACAGCCUGGAUUUUUCACCAUGUGAUUUUCACAUCUUUGAUGCCCUGAAGAAAGAUGUGUGGAUGUUGGUUUCAGUUGGAUGAGGAAGUGCAAGAGUGGGUAUGGUUAAGGAUCCGUCAGUAGCCAACAACAUUCUGUGAAACAAGGAUUUGACAGUCUCAUCUCCCAGUGGGAUAAAUGUCUGAAUGAGUGUGGUUGGAAUGGAACCAGUCCAUGGUUCCAUUGUGAUGGGUGUUCAGUUUUCAUUUGACUGCCUCUCACACAGCAGUUUCCUAAGUGAAAUCUGUAAUUCACUAAAUGUUUCCGUAGUUGAAUUUGUUUUUUGUACUCAUUGUCACCUGAAGAAUAAAAGGACAGUAAUAAUCA